AUGUCAUUUAUCAUUAUAAUUUUAAUGAAAGUGAUAGAUACAGAAAAAAAACAUAACAUAAAUUCCAGAGCACUGGAAACAGUGGAUAACCUAGAAGAAGGCGUAUUCCCGUAUCAAGCAACGAUUUUUAAGAAUGGCAAAUUUAUGUGUGGUGGGGCUAUUAUAUCUAAAAACUACAUUUUGACAGCGGGCCAAUGCUUCGACGGUUCGCGCGACUCAAAAUUAUAUACAGCUGGUGUUGGAUUGGGAGGUACCAUUUAUUUGGAUGACGUGAACCAUAUCGGUAUCGAUAGUAUUUUGGUGCACGAAGAUUACGAAAAGGAAUCAAAGACCAGGGAUAUAGCGUUGGUGAAGCUCGCGAAGGAUUUAACGUUUGAUAAUACAGUAGGUAAAGUCAAAUUACCGGAUGACCCUUCCUUCAGCACCAAGUGCAAAGUGGCAGGUUUCGGAGCGAACAGAACAGGUAAAAUAAACUUAAUGUAUGCCUAUGCCACCAAACAGACAGACAAAAACUGCGCAUCUUUGUAUGGCAUGAUCAUAGACGGCCAGAUGUGCGUGCAGGGCUGCGCAGGCGACACAGGUAGCGGAUUGGUAUGCAAUCAUAUAAUCGAUGGGGUUGUUUCGGUGGGCGUAAACAAUGGAGAAUGCGAUAAAAUGCCAGCCGUGUAUACCGAGGUUUACUACUUCAGAAUCUGGAUCGAUUUGAAAAUGGAAAUUGGGGGAUCUAGCUUCGUCAAUCCAGAGUCUUUUUUAGUUUAUUUGAUGACUUUUGUUAUUUGCUUUACUUAAUAAGCUUUAUAUUACAAAUAUAUGAUUUAAUAUUACAAAUAUAUUUUUAAUAUGAUGAGUUAUAACUGUGUAAGUUAGGGUGGUUCUUAUUUGACC